AUGUCUAGAAGUAUGUCUCUUUAUGGACGUGCUCCAGCCGAGCGAACAAUGAGCCGCCCAUUAGGACAGGAUUUUGAUGAAAGUACAAUAAUGGACAGUGAAUAUAGAAUAGUCCUCAAUGUUGGAGGUGUUCGACAUGAAACAUAUAAACAUACACUUAAAAAGAUUCCAGCUACACGACUAAGCAGACUUACACCUAAUUUGGCUAAUUAUGAUCCUGUUUUGAAUGAAUAUUUCUUUGAUCGGCAUCCAGACGUUUUUGCACAAGUGCUUAAUUAUUAUAGAACGGGGAAAUUGCAUUAUCCACUUGAUGUCUGUGGUCCACUUUUUGAAGAAGAACUCAAGUUUUGGGGAAUAGAUGCAAACGAAGUGGAAAGUUGUUGUUGGAUGACGUAUACCACACAUAGAGAUACUCAAGAAGUUCUUCAAAAUUUGGAAAAGUUAGAUCUUGAUGAUGAAGCUAUGAAAGAUGAGGAGAAACUCUACAGGCGGUUUGGACUUGACGAAGAAUUUCGAAACAAAGAAUUAAAUUUAUGGCAAAAAGUAAAGCCUAAGAUGUGGCGUUUGUUUGAUGAACCUUCUUCAACUACUGGGGCGAAGAUAGUCGCAGUAAUCUCAGUAUUUUUUCUUAUUUGUGCCAUUCUUGCCUUUUGCCUUAAAACACAUCCAGGAUUGAGAGUUGAGGAUCCAGGCAGUUCUCAAAUACAAGAAGAAACAUUAGCAAUUAAUUUAUCAAAUAAUUCUUCUUUUAAUUCUUCUAUAAAACCUUCAAGAGAAAAACCUCCUCCACCUUUACAAAAUGAACAACAACACGAACAUCAACAUCCAACCCAAAAACCUUUUUUUAAAUAUAGAACAGAAUCGAUAGGAUCUGAUCCUGUUAAUACAAAACCACAUCCAAGCUUUUUGAUAAUUGAAACUAUUUGUAAUAUUUGGUUUACAAUUGAAAUUUUAAUUAGAUUCUUCACAUGCCCAUCAAAACUUGAUUAUUUCAAAUCCCCUGUAAAUAUUAUUGAUAUUGUUGCAACUGUAACAUUUUAUAUAGACUUUUGUUUAACUACUUGGUUUGAGGCAACAUCUGAUUUAGAAUUCUUUUCAAUAAUUCGAAUUUUGAGGCUUUUUAAACUUACACAGCAUUCACAAGGAUUGAAAAUAUUGCUUUAUACAUUGAGAGCAUCAGCAAAGGAGUUAAUGCUUCUUGUAUUUUUCCUUUUAUUGGGCAUUGUUGUGUUUGCUUCUUUAAUUUAUUAUGCUGAACGUUUAGAAGAAAAUCCUGAAAAUCAGUUUCAUUCAAUUCCUCUCGGUCUUUGGUAUGCAAUUGUUACAAUGACUACAAUUGGUUAUGGUGAUAUGACUCCCCAUACUUGGAGUGGAAGAUUAAUUGGUUCAAUCUGUGCAUUAACUGGUGUAUUAACAAUUGCUUUACCUGUACCAGUUAUUGUAGCAAACUUUGCAAUGUAUUAUUCACACACUCAGGCUAGAAGUAAAAUGCCAAAAAGGAGAAGAGGGGUUUUAAGUAUGGAACAGGUAAAUUAA